AUGGAGGACGCACCACCGCACAAUAUUCCAUCCGCGCCGGUCACGAAGGAAACGAUACCACUCAUCGAAAAGGCUCCCAAAACCCGCUGGUUCAGCUGUUGGUGCUGGGCCUGGCGAAAAUGGUGCGCCUCAAAGGAGCUAAAACCCCGGACGAUCUACAUCGGUCGGCCAUUGACGGAAAAAUUCCCGCCGAACGAGAUCCGGAACCAGAAGUACAACAUCUUCACAUUUUUGCCGCUCGUCCUGUUCGAGCAGUUCCGUUUCUUCCUCAAUCUGUACUUCCUCAUCAUGGCCGUCAGUCAGUUCAUACCGGAGAUCCGCAUUGGGUAUCUGUACACGUACUGGGGACCUCUGGGGUUCGUGCUGGCCGUCACGAUCUGCCGUGAAGCGGUCGACGAUCUUAGGCGGCACAAACGAGAUCGAGAAGUCAAUUCGCAGAAGUACAAGCGCUUUGUCAGCGCCGACAAACCACCCGAGUCCGUAUCAUCGUCAAAACUGCGUGUUGGUGACAUCAUUAUGGUGGAAAAGGAUGAACGAGUCCCGGCAGAUUUGAUAUUGCUACGGACGAGCGACAAGAGUGGAGCCGUUUUCGUUCGUACUGACAUGUUGGACGGAGAGACCGACUGGAAAUUGAGGUUGGCCGUGCCUGCGACUCAAAAACUUGCCUCGCACGGUGAGCUGCUGACCGUAAACGCAUCGUUGUACGUCGAAAAACCACAAAGAGAUAUCCACACCUUCAUUGGAACGUAUUCGAAGCUUGGUGGAACCGAGGAUGAAGGAUUGAAUGUGGAGAAUACGCUGUGGGCAAACACGGUCGUUGCAUCGGGUACGGCGGUCGGAAUCGUCAUUUACACCGGCAGCGAAACGCGCAGUGUCAUGAACAAUUCUCAGCCCCGCUCGAAGGUGGGCCUGCUCGAUUUGGAGAUCAACAAUCUCACGAAGGUGCUGUUCUGCGCCGUGAUCGGACUCUCGUUCGCCAUGAUGUGCCUGAAGGGGUUCAACGGGCCCUGGUACCGGUACAUGUUUCGCUUCGUGCUGCUCUUCUCGUACAUCAUUCCGAUCAGCUUGCGCGUAAACCUGGACAUGGGCAAGGCGUUUUACUCGUGGCAGAUACAGAACGACGACGAAAUCAAGGGUACGGUCGUGCGAUCGACAACUAUACCAGAGGAGCUGGGUCGCAUGUCGUACCUGCUGACGGACAAAACUGGUACGCUUACUCAAAACGAAAUGAUCUUUAAGAAGAUUCACGUCGGCACUGCGGCCUACGGACGAGACACUUUCCCGAUGGUAUCGGCCGCAAUUCAAUCCGUGUACGGUACACUUUCAACGCCAGCCGACGCAUCACCGGAGGAUCGUGCCGUAGAUUAUCAACCGCGUUUGCGUAAACCAGACGGUUGGCGCAUAUGGGAAUCAGUCAAAGCGCUCGCGUUGUGCCACAACGUGACCCCGGUUUACGAAAGCACCGGCAACGGUGGCGGAAGUGGUUCGUUAUCGUCCGCUUCUGGAACUGAACGCAGGCAAUCACCGUCUCGGUCGAUUUCCGUGGAAAGCCAAGGCGGAGAACCGUCGGUGGUGAAACCUCCCAUCGCCGAGAAAACCUACCAAGCGUCCAGUCCGGACGAGAUCGCUCUAGUCAAGUGGACAGAGUCCGUCGGACUGACGCUGGUGCAGCGUGACCUCAACCAUAUGACGCUGCAGAUCCGAGAUACGACGCGGGAAAGCCAGGGCCUUAUGAAGUACCAGAUUCUGCAGACGUUCCCCUUCACGAGCGAGAACAAGCGAAUGGGCAUUAUUGUACGCGAGCUGAACGGUGGGGAAAUCACCUUUUAUCUGAAGGGGGCCGACGUCGUUAUGUCUGGCAUCGUGCAAUACAACGACUGGCUCGCUGAGGAAAGUGGCAAUAUGGCUCGCGAAGGUCUUCGAACGCUCGUGGUCGCCAAGAAGGUGCUGACCGAGGAGCAAUACAGCGAUUUCGUGAUGCGCUACAACGCGGCCAAGGUGAGUGUGGCCGAUCGCGUUACAAAGGUGGCGGCCGUCAUCGAAAGCCUCGAACGAGAGAUGGAACUUCUCUGCCUAACAGGCGUCGAAGAUCGGCUGCAGGAUCGCGUACGGCCCACGCUCGAGUUGCUGCGGAAUGCAGGCAUUAAGAUAUGGAUGCUUACCGGUGACAAGCUCGAGACGGCCACGUGUAUCGCCAAAUCGUCGCAUCUAGUCGGGCGCAACCAGAGCAUCCACGUGUUGAAGAGCGUUCUGACACGCACGGACGCACAUCUGGAGCUGAACCAAUUCCGGCGCAAGCAGGACUGCGCGCUGGUCGUAUCGGGCGAGAGUCUCGAGGUGUGCUUGCAGUACUACCAACCAGAGUUCAUGGAACUCGCUACGGCAUGUCCGGCCGUCGUGUGCUGCCGUUGCAGUCCCACCCAGAAGGCACAGGUCGUUUCGCUGAUUCAAAAGUACUCGAAAAAGCGCACCUGCGCCGUCGGUGACGGUGGUAACGACGUGAGUAUGAUCCAGCAGGCGGACGCCGGAAUUGGCAUCGAGGGUCGAGAGGGCAAACAGGCUUCCCUGGCUGGGGACUUUAGUAUACCGCAGUUUUCUCACAUUGCUCGGUUGCUGAUCGUGCACGGACGUCGAUCUUACAAACGCUCAGCCGCCCUGUCACAGUUCGUCAUUCACCGUGGGCUAAUCAUUUCCACGAUGCAGGCUGUCUUCUCAGCCGUAUUCUACCUGUCGUCGGUAGCCCUUUACCAGGGCUUUCUGAUGGUAGGCUACGCGACGCUCUACACCAUGUUCCCGGUGUUUUCGCUUGUACUCGAUCAGGACAUUAACGCCAACAUCGCGAUCACCUAUCCCGAGCUGUACAAGGAGCUGUCGAAGGGCCGCAGUUUGAGCUACAAAACGUUCUUUAUGUGGGUGCUAAUUAGCAUCUACCAAGGUGGCGUUAUCAUGUACGGAGCGUUGAUACUGUUCGAGGAUGAAUUCAUCCAUAUCGUGGCUAUCAGUUUCUCGGCCCUGAUCCUCACGGAACUGAUUAUGGUGGCUUUAACUAUCCGCACGUGGCACAAAUUGAUGGUUAUAGCAGAACUGUUCAGUCUAGUGCUUUACAUAGUAUCUCUUGCCGUUUUGCACGAAUAUUUCGAUUGGGAGUUUAUCUGGUCGUGGGAUUUCCUUUGGAAGGUGCUGGUAAUCACGCUCGUCUCUUGUCUUCCACUGUACAUUUUAAAAUUCCUGCGCAAAAAAUUCUCACCGCCGUCGUAUUCAAAGCUUACCUAAAGUGGGUUCGCCCUGGUUAUCCCUUUCGUUAUAGUUAUUUAUUGCAACCGAACUCUUGCUUUACUUUAAAUGUGCUACCACUGAGCACUAUUAUUUACCAGUUCGCAAGUUUGUAUUGUUAUUAUUCGCCCGUUUUGUUCUUCAUUUCUCGUAAAGUAUUAGCAAACAUGAUAUGAUGUGCGUUAAUGUGCAAUUGCGCCUCGCCGAAUUCGGCACCGGCUCGCAACAGUUGAGGAAAAUUAUAGCAACUUUUUAUGUAAUACACUUCCGUGAUCGUGAUAUUUUCUUACGUAAAACCUGCUCUUGCAUGGUGGCUUGUGUUUGUUGUGUCAAUUAAUAUAUGCUUUAAUCUUAUUAGCGAGCUAAUUGCAUCUACCCAUUCGUUGCAACUCACUCCCUUCCGGGCACUAACGAACCAGCAAGGACGAAUAAACCGUGAGUGAGAAAUAUUGUGCAGUUCGCGAGAGAAUAGCAGAUGGCAUGAUGAUAAAGAAACAGUCGUACGUUGUAAGCAUAACUUGUUACAAAAAAGUGUCUAACUGAAUAUCAACGCCUUCGGCAGUCGAACGUAACAAAGUUCGCGAUAAACAAUUUUUAAAUGGUAAUCAAUGAUAUUUAAACGUUCAUUUUUACUUAAGAAAUCUAAACAUAACAUACGUAUAUACACGCACACAAACAAAACAUACCAACCACAACAAGCAGUAUAUAUUACACAAGAAGGAAAGAUGGUUAAAAAAUAGGAAGCGAAAAGCCAACGAAAAGGGUGACUGUGAGUGAUCUCUCUCGGGGGGAGACGCGAGAGAAGAUCACGUAAUAUAUGAACCAAAAUUCCUACAGAAAGUACACUACAAGUCUACAAGCGAGCAGCUUUCGUGUGUCAGGCACAGAAGGAAAGAUGAA